AUGCCACUCUUGAAGAUUCUUCUCGUAUUGGCCAUGCUCUGCACCCCUGUCUCCAGCCUCUGUUUACGCACAUCCAACACUGAGUCUGGUUUUCUGUGCAGUAAUGAUCUUCUCUCCAGCACGGACAAUGAUGAUGAUAAUCGAGCUCUGAAUUCUCUAUACGAUAACGCGCACAUUGCGCUGCGCUCAGAAGACGCGCUCUCACCCGAAGAAUCGCGGGACAGGAGGACUGUACCCGGAUCCAGCUACAAGUUCUUGAGCCACACUUUACUCAGGAGCAAGAUGUACGGUAACAGUGCGAGAAGUGAUCGGCGCAGCAGAGUGACUUUGUCCUUAGAUGUGCCCACCAACCUGAUGAACGUGCUUUUCGACAUCGCCCGAGCAAACAGCCUGCGCGCUAAAGCUGCGCACAACGCGCGCCUCAUGGCGCAGAUCGGCAAGAGGAGGUGA